AUGCAGUACAAGCGGCGUCGGGUGGAUCGGCGGAAGGGAGAUAGGGGGUGCAGUGAGGGUGGAGGGGAGGGCAGUGUGGACACUGGGCCGUUAGAUGUUGACAUGGGGAGCAGGGGAGAGGUGCAUGGAGAUGUGACAGGUGAUGUUGGCAUGAGAGACAUGGGAGACAUGGGGGAUGUGGGAGGUGUGGGAGGUGUGGGGGGUGUUGGAGGGAAAGGAGCAGGCUACGAGGGUGUUGAGAGUGGUGCAGAUGGUGCUCAUUCCGUUGGCGCCGCUGGGAGUGGCGCGACAGCGAGCAGCAGCGGCGUGGAUCGGAUUCUGUCUGCCUCCGCCUCGCACAGCUGGAGCAGCAGCCAUGGCGUGUCAGCUGUAGCGGUGCCAUCAGGCAGUAUAGGAGGGAUGGACAAGGGCAGCUGCAGGCAUGUCAUGCUCACGCGUGGAUCACACGGGCAUGUGUCACAGACGCAAGGGUCGGAGGGGCAUGCAUCUCAUAUGCAUUUGUGCCACACGGAGGCUGUGUCUCGAGAGCGGUCGCUGCUGGCAUGUGUGAAGGACGAGCUCAUGGUGGAGGCAGCCUCGCUGGCAGCCGGGGAGACGCUUGUUGGCGGGCAAGCUCCUCAGGCAGAAGCACCAUCGGAAGUACCAGCAGCAGCAGCACCAACAGCAGAACUACGAGCCCCCACAGCAGCGAUUUCUGCAUCGGAAGAGAACAUGUGUCACGAGGUAUCAGCGCGUGUCGUUGCUGGUGCUGCUGGUGCAGGGGAGGUGAGAGGGAAGGGGCAGAGCAGCAGCAGGGGGGCAAGCGGGGCAGAGAAGCGGGUGCUGUUCCUGAAUGGGGUGGGGGCGGGGGAGAGGAGGGGGUGUGUGAGUGCGCAAGGUCUCGAAGCGUCAGAAGAUGGAGAUGUGGUGGAAGUGCAGGGGAAGGAGCGGGGGAGGGACGGCGGGGAAGAGGAGAGCAGCAGGGGAUUCGAGUCAGCAGCAGCUACUCCGCUCCCCCGCGCCACACUUCUGUGGUCCCCUGGGCCACUGCUGCCCCCCCACUCUGGCGCCCCGCCCUCCCCCUGGCGCUUGGAUGGAGUGGGGGAGAAGGAGACGCAGAGAGAUGUGGAGAGGGGGAGUGAGGGGAGAGAUGCGCAGGAGGUGAGGGUGGAAGGGAAGGAGGAGGUGAUGGGGAAGAAGGAGGGAGAGGAGGGGGAGGAGCAGGAAAAGGUGGCAGAGCAAGGGGUUGUGGCAGAGCAGGGGAUGGUGGAAGAGAAAGAAAUUGUGGCAGAGCAAGAGGCAGUAGCAAGGGAGCCAGGAGCAGCACGAGCAGGUGCAGAGGAGGACACACGGAUGCAGGACUCGGCAAGUGCUUUGCCCCUGCAGGCCUCUCACACCCCGCACACCAACCCAUCCGUGCCAUGUGCCGUCUCUGCUUCGUCAUGUGGUGCUGCCUCCACAUCCGUUGAAGAGUCCGUUCCUUCACAUCCUCUCCCAGCGGUAGUGCCUGCAGCACCAUCAAUACCACUUCCACCACCAUCAGCAGCAGCAGCAGCAGCAGAAGCAGCAGCAGAAGCAGCAGCAGCAGCAGCAACAGCAGGAGGCAAGUCUGUCAGCACACCAGUAUACGUUCCAGAGACAUGUCAAGCCAGUCAAGAUGUGAAGGAGCAGGUACAGCAGGCCUACAGGCCACCCAUUGCCAUCCACCUCCUCACUUCCUCCUCCAAGUCCUCCUGGCCCGCCCUUCCACCCACCACCACACCAACAAACCCAAGGGAGGUAACCUGGUUACCACCUCCAAACAUCACCACGUUACCAUCACCUUCCACCACAGGCCUGUCGCCUUUGUGUUCCCCAUUGGCCCCCUCACCCACCACACUGAUGUAUCAGAGGAGGCGCCCGGCUGCUCCUCGAGAGUUGCCCUUGCGUGUGUUUGGUGAUUUUGUUGCCAAGCAGCGGGAUUCUGCCGUUUCGCCUGACAUGCGGCUGACUAGAGCUGCUGCAUCAAGAUUGCAUCUGACCAAUCAGGAUGAGAAUGACAGGACGUUUAGGUGA